AUUUUUGACACUCUGACAUUCAGCUACCUCAAUGAGCUGCUUGAACGAGGAUACCAGCGGCCAGUACAGAUGGAUGACAUGCCGAGGCUCCCCGAGGAGGACCUCGCCAACUUCGUGGGGUCAAGGCUGCACCAGGCAUGGGAGCAGGAGAGCAAGAAGGCGGUUCCAAGUCUGUUCCGCGUGCUCCUCGAUGAGUAUGGCAGGGAGUUCUUCAUAGGAAACCUGCUAAAAGUUCCUCAAGAUGUCCUCAUCUUCGCCGGGCCAUACCUGCUGCAGAGGCUGGUGGAGUACCUGGACCCGCUAUCGCCCAUGGCGCAAGAGAGCACCUGGUUCACUGGGAUAUCGAUAGUCAUCGCCAUCUUUUUCUCUCAGCUGGUACAGUCUCUCUUCCUGCACCAGUACUUCAACCGCGUCUUCCAUGUCGCGAUGCGAGUGCGCACCGGGCUCAUGUGCCUGGUGUACCGCAAGGCCAUCGGGCUGAGCCAUGUGGCGAAGCUAGAGGAGGACUGCUCGACAGGGAGCAUCGUGAACAUGAUGCAGGUCGAUGUGCAGCGAAUGUUGGACUUCAUCCCAUACGCUUCCAACCUGCUGUGGUCCAGCCCCUUCCAGAUUUGUUUCUGCAUCUUCCUGCUGUGGAGCAAGGUGGGGGUGGCGGCCCUGGCUGGCCUCGGGACGAUGCUCGUUAUCAUGCCGAUCAAUCUGUGGUCGAUGAAGGAGCUCGAGAAAGUUCAGAAGAGGAACAUGAAGCACAAAGACGAGAGGGUGCGUGCGGUUUCGGAGCUCCUAUCGGGCAUCCGGGUGCUCAAGCUGUUUGCGUGGGAGGGCCCAGCCAGCGACAAGGUCCGGGAGGUGAGAGCGGAGGAAGUGAGUGCUCUCCGUCGCUUCGGAGUGCUAGGAGCGCUGCAGGGUGUGCUGUGGUCUUCCACUACUGCCUUCGUCGCGCUCGCCGUCUUUGGGACGUACACGGGGCUGGGGAACAGACUGUCGCUUGACGUCGCCUUCCCCGUGCUCUCUCUCAUUAUCAUCCUGCAGUUUCCUCUCACAGUCCUGCCCUGGAUGUGCAUGUCCGCCGUAUCCUUCUCCAUCUCCCUCAAGCGUAUCUCCAAGUUCCUCAAGGCACAAUCGCUGCAUGACGCGAGGAGGAAGCUGCGGAGCGAGGAGGAGGACGGGAGCUCCGAUCCCGACCGCCUGUCCUUGCAGGUCAACAACGCGACGAUGGAGUGGCUCCCCGAUCGGGAGGUCCUAAGGGACAUCAGCAUCCGCCUGCGCGAUGGCGCCCUGCUUGCCAUCGUCGGCCCUGUGGGAUGCGGGAAGAGCACGCUGUUGUCUGCCAUCCUCGGAGAGCUUGGGAUUAAGUCAGGGAGCAUCUCGAUCCUCGACGGGUCCAUCGGCUACGUUCCUCAGCAGCCUUGGGUUAUCAACGCACCCUUGAGGGACAAUGUGCUGAUGGGGAAGGAGUUCGACGAAGAUCUGUACUACAGCGUGAUCAGCGCGGCAGCGCUCGAGCAGGACCUCAAUGUGCUUCCUGCCGGGGAUGAGACGGAGAUCGGAGAGCGAGGGAUCAACCUGUCAGGAGGGCAGAAGCAGAGGGUCUGCCUGGCCCGAGCUCUCUACGCCUGCCCCUCCCUCUUCGUCCUCGACGACCCUCUCUCUGCUGUGGACUCCCACGUGGCUCAGCACAUCUUUGACAACUGCAUCGUCGGUCUCAUGGCAAAGAGAAGCCGCAUCCUCGUUACCCACAGGGUGGAUCUCAUCCGGGCAGCUCCUUACAUCAUUGCUCUCGGCCAAGGCCGCAUCCUGGCCCAAGGAACUUACGAGCAGCUCGUGGCGCAGGGUGUAGAUCUCGGGCUCGAGGCUGAGAUCAAGGAGGAAGAGGAGGAAGAGGAGAAGGAGGAGAAGGAGGAGGCCAAGAAGAAGUCCGCUGAGGAGAGGGUGCAGGCCCUCAAGGCAGGUUCGAGCUCGCAGAACUUGAAGGAGGGGAAGGGGAAGGGGUCCUUGAUGGAGGAGGAGGAGCGAGCGAGUGGGGUAGUCAAGGCCGAGACGUACAAGAUCUACCUGAGGUCCAUCGGGGUAGACAUGCUUGCCCUGAUCGUGUGCUCUGGCGUCGUCGGGGAGCUCGCGCACGUGCUGACAGGAUGGUGGAUCUCCCAUUGGGCCUCGCAGGAAUCGGAGGUGCCAGUGGACCCGGAGAACACGUUCUACCUCCUCGUCUACAUCCUCUUCGCGCUCAGUCAGGCUGGGACUAUCUUCAUCAGGGACGUCUUCCUUGCACUGGGGGGCCUUCGCGCCUCCACCCGCCUGCACAAUGCCAUGCUCGCGUCCGUCAUUAGGGCGCCGAUGCAGUUCUUUGACACGACCCCGCUGGGGAGGAUCCUGAAUCGGUUCAGCAAGGAUCAGGACACGGCGGAUGGGGCCCUGCCCAAGUCCAUCGACGAGCUGUACUCUUGCUUCCUUGCGGUCCUCGGACCCCUCUGUCUCAUGGUGUCUGUGACCCCCUGGGCGAUCCUGGGGGUCCUUCCGGUCAUCUACGUCUACAUCUCCAUCUUCAACUUCUUCCGCAGGACGUCGAGGGAGAUCAAGAGGCUGGAGGCGAACACCCGCUCCCCCAUCUACGCGCACUUCACCGAGUCCCUCAACGGCUCCCACUGCCUCCGUGCGUUCCAGCUCGUCUCCAGCUUCGAGAGGCAGAGCGAGGAGAGGAUCGACCACUUGAACCGCGUCUUCUGGCCCAUGGUCUCCUGCAACCGCUGGCUCGGCCUCCGCCUUGAACUUUGCGGCAACAUGCUCAUCUCCUGCUCCGCCCUGGCUGCGGUGGUUGCGCGUGUGCUGGGGCUGGUGGACCACACGUACGCGUCCCUGCUGGGCCUGUCGGUGACGUACGCGCUGGGCAUCACCAACGAGCUGGGGUGGAUGGUGAGGCAGACGACGGAGGCAGAGGCGAACAUGAACAGCGUGGAGCGGGUGGAGCGAUACGCGUGCCUAGAGCCAGAGGCUGACCUGAACGCGCCGGAGGAUGCAUGGCCAGCGAAUGGUGAGGUCGUCUUUGAGAAUGUCUACAUGAGGUAUCGCCCGACUACUCCUCUCGUUCUCAAGGGAUUGAGCAUGAAAAUCUCUCCCGGGCAAAGGGUUGGGAUCUGCGGGAGGACAGGAGCAGGCAAGUCAUCGCUAAUCUCUGCUCUCUUCCGCCUUGUUGAGCUCAGUGGAGGU